AUGAUGCUAUUGCCCCUCAUACCGCUCGCCUGGUCGGCGGCGCGGAGUCCCGCCGUUGCCACGCCGUCGUGGACGGCGGCUCGCUCUCCUCCCGUCGCGAGCCCGGCCCGCCGGCAUGGCGCGGCGGCAGCAAUGGUGGCGACGCCGAUCUCGUCGUCCGACAUCCCCGCCGCAGCGCUCUUCCUUGAGAAGCCAUCGACUGUGCCGUGGGAGGUGCACAAAUUCGGCGGCGCCUCGCUCGCCACCGCCGAGCUCUACAAGCAGUGCGCCGACCUCCUCGUCGCCGAGAGUCGCCGCCCCCUCGCCGACGGCGCCGCCUCUGCCGCGCCGACAAUGGCCAUCGUCUCGGCGCGCGGCGGGGUGACGGACAAGCUGAUCGCGGUGGUGGAGACGUCCAAGAGCGACCUUCCCAAGGCGGUCCAGCUCCUCGAGGCCGUCGCCGCCGAGCAGGUCGCCGUUGCGCGCGAGAUCUCGUCGCCCGAUGCGGCGGCCGCUGUCGAGCGGGCGAUCAACGCGGACGUGCGGUCGAUAUCGGCGACGCUGCAGGCGUUCGCGAUGCUGAAGAGCGUGCCGACGCAGGCGCUCGAGGUCGUCUCCGGCUACGGCGAGGGAGUCACCUCCGUCGACUCGGUCGCCAUCCUCAACGUGCAGGGCACCGGCCUGAUGCCGUCGGUCGAGGUGGCCUCCGCCGACUCCUCCAUCUGCCUCGGCAUCCAGGAGUCCGACGCCGACCGCGCGCUCGAGGCGGGGAUGGCCUUCCGGCCGGGCACCGGCGCAACCUUCACAAAGGCGAUGGCCACGGCGGGCGUCAACAUCCGCGCCAUCGCGCAGGGCUCGUCGGAGCGGCAGAUCCGCUGA